CCGUGGUGUGUGGUGAGAGCACUGAGUCAGCUUCUCCAAAACACUGAGAGCAGAUAAAAAGCCCCGUUUGUCUGUAAGGAAGUGCAGUGAGAAGGCAGAGAGACAUCUUGCAGCAAACAUGUCAGGCUGUUGGCAGAGAUAUGGGAAUAUACUGAAUAUUGACACAUCUGGAGCUUCAGCAGCAACUGCAAAACCAGAAGGUCUGAACUAUGCAGGAGUUCGUGCCUCAGAGAAGAUUGCACAGAGAGAUUUGAAGAACAUGGACAAAUACCAUGCCAGUAUUACAGAAGUUGGCCAGAAUAAGUGUGUUGAUCCAGCUCUCAUUGCUGCUGUCAUCUCUCGGGAGUCACAUGCUGGCACAGUGCUGGAUGGUGGCUACGGUGACCAUGGAAACGCAUUUGGCUUAAUGCAGGUCGACACACGGUACCACAAGCCUGCUGGGUCAUGGGACAGUAAAGAGCACAUAACACAAGGCGCUGAGAUUUUAAACGAUAUGCUAGGGCAAAUGGAGAAGAAAUUCCCGACAUGGACAAAGGAACAGCAGCUUAAAGGUGCAAUUUCAGCCUAUAAUGCAGGAGCUAGAAAUGUCCAGAGCUAUGAUGGAAUGGAUAUCGGCACAACACACAAUGACUACGCCAACGAUGUGAUUGCAAGAGCCAAGUUUUUUAAGAGAAAUGGAUACUGACAUAGCAGAGUUAUUUUUAGAUUUAAGUCACUGACUGCACGCUUUGCUUCUAAUAAAAAAAUAAAAACCCCUGGGUUUCUCCCCUGGGAAAGGUGAGAAUGAGGGAAAGCAAUGAAGCCAGAAACAACUGCAAGCUUUCAAUGCCUUUUUUUUUUCUAGCCAAGGCUUAAAAAAUCACUUCAAAAGAUAGCACCACAAAUCAUCCAAACUGUAAGCUAUCUUUUGUCAUUUAUUUGUUACUUCAUGAGAGUAUUCAAGCAGAGUUUUGAUCUGUCCUUGCAGUUUUUCAAGCAGCAGAUUAAUGCCAUAAGAAAGUUAUAACACUGCUUAGCAAGACUUUAUCUGCCUUAGAAAUUACCUGCCAACACAUGUAUCUAACAGCAGAAUAAAAUAGUUUAACAAUUUGUAA